UAACGUUAUCUGUUUCAGGUAAUAUUCCUGUCACUAAUGGCGGCAUUAUGAAACACUUGGAGAAUUGUGAAGACAUCGUGAUAUUCUAUAAGUUUCAGGAUUUCCAAGGAUGUCUUUACAAUAAUAUUGAACUGUAUGAGCUCUUCUCUUCUCCAGGUGAUAUCUUGUAUAGAACAGAACCAUCCAAGUUAUGCGAAUUAAUGAACCAUAUCCAAAACUGUACAAGAGUUUUUGAAACGAUCGAAUGUUUGACAGGGAAAGAAAAGUCAGCUCUUCACACUUGGAAAAGAUCAUUAAAUUCAACAAUAAACUAUCUGUGUGAAAACAACCAAUUGAACCUAGCGAAAUUUGUGGAUGGAAAUGGAACAAACUGUCAUGAGAGUACCAAAAAAGAUGAUUCUAAAUGUACUUAUAAAAUGUCAACCUUUGCAACAUAUAUUGAGGAUAUAUUCCAAAUGGAGUUUGAUUGUAGAAUAGCUGAAGACGCUUUUGGAUGCGUAGACACUGUGUUCUCCACUUGUAGCCAUGACGUCAGAGAUGUUUACAGAGGUUUAAUUGGGACAUUCAUGCAGGAAUCUCAUUGUUUUGAAAACCUCGAAUUUCCUUUCAAAUUGAAGAUAUUGUAAGAGUACGUGGGCAACAUUAACGUUGAUAAUGUUUUUGGUAUUGUUUGUGUAAAACAAUGAUUUGGUUUAGUUCCUUAUGUUUGCUAUAUUUCUACCCAAACUCUAGUUAAUCUUUCAGACAGAUUUUAUCUUUUGUUAAAAAGUUUAAACUUUGUCAAAAUAUUAUUACAUUUCUUCUUUCGUAAACGUAUGAAUUUUGUUUUUUGGUUAUUCAGUUUUAUUAAAAUCAUCAUAGUCUUGCACAUGUAUUAAUAAUACCAAACCAUCUCUGGAUGUUCACUCAACACGAACACUAAACACUUCUAGAACAAUAACACUAAGAUAAGUUUCUAUUGUUUUCAAUGCUACCUAAACAGUAUCUUCCAGGAUUCGAAUUCGCAAGAAGCUAUUAAAAGGUUGUUGUUGUUUGUAACGUGUUACAAUAUAUGCAUUACAAUAAAACAAACUAGUAGGUUAACAGGAGGAUAAACAGGGGUUUACGAUACAUAAAUUUACACCAAUAACUGAACUGACCUUCCAGCAAUAAAAAAGCGCAAAAAUAAUUGGUAUAAUUAAUGUUACGUAUUGUAUCAAUAUUUUUAUAUAAACAAUAUAGUGACAUGCGUAAAUCCAGCCAAUUUUCAAAUAAACUGGAACAGUGACUUUAAAAGGUAAAACCAAGGAUGAGCGUGGCUCUAUCGUUACCGUGCCCGAAGUGUGAAUCUGAGAAUGGGCGUGGCCAGUUUCAUCUCUCACUUGAGUGAUAUGAGAUCGAGUCACAAAAUGAAACUACGUUGUGGCUUUAAGCACAUCACUAUUAACAAUCCAUUACAGGUUUUUCAGUAAGACCACUUAGAAAAUCAUUUGGGAAAACUACCACAGCAUCGAAAUGGCCAAGGUGAAAUAAUGACCAUAGUAUAAAUACUCAGACAGUAUAGCUGUUGUAAGAACUAACAACAACUAUGUUGUUCAACUAACAUCUUGAACAUCAGGAUCCACAACGAAGACAAACUGGGACAGAAAAAAAGUUGAAAUAUUUGAACGUCUCUUUUAUAGUACAUCCAUGUCCUCAAAGUGGACAUAACGUGUUUUUACAGCAACAGGUUGAAAACCAUGAAUCUUCGGAUUCACAAACCGGCGACGUUAACUACUAGGCCACUUCUACUCUACACCUGUUUUGUCUACCAGAUUUGGACGUCAUUACUUAGGCACUGUUAUAUACUUAUUUUAAGAAACGGAGCAUUUAGAAAUGAUUAAACUGAGAAAAGUAUUUAGGUGUUUCUUAUCUUGUUCUUGUAGUGCACUAAUAACGAUAUUAGUCGUAAUUCUCAAAUAAAUAAAUCAUAAUUUCUUUUUUUUUAAUUAAGUGAGUCAUGAAACAUUGUUAUACUGUUUUCUCUUCAAUAACUUGCGCUUUUUUAUCGUUCAUUUCCAUUAUAUCAACAAACAACAUUGGUUAUAUCUACAACACUUCAUGUAAACCUACAUAUAUAAGUGAAAGUAUCACACUUUCUGUUCACUGAUUUAUAUCAACAUCAGUGUUGAUUAAAUGACAAGUGUGAUAUAAUCAGGAGAAAUUAGGAGAGCGAGAUGUGGGUGCAAUAGCCCACAACGUCCCACAUCUAUACUAUCAUUCACUGCCUGCAGAUAGUUGUGGGAAGGUGACUGUUUUCCAAAGUGAAAUAAAAUAAAUAAAAAAAGAAAGAAAGAAAAAUGAAAUAAGGUACUACCACUAGGGGGCAAGUAGGGUAAACUGACCUCCUUAGGUUGGCAUUACCAGCUCCCAUUGUAGUAUUAAAGCAUUAAUUACUAGCACAGUAGACAAAUUAUACUAGUAUAAAAUCCCAACAACCACCCAUUAAGUCCACUGUAACUACCAAUUUUCAGACUCUACACAAGCCUUUAUAUACGAUAAGUUGUUCAUCCACAUAAAAGUAGUGCCAAGAUGUUUAAAUGACCUUAUUAAAACUAAAAAUACUUAUCUGAAACUAUCAGCAAAAUCUACUUAAGGUUUACUUCUUUAUAUUUAUUUAAUAUGUUCUUAUAUUUAU